GCAGGGCUCGAACUCACAACCUUCCAGUUAUAAAGCUAACGCUCUAUCACUGAGUUACCACGAUCGGUACGGAUUGGGCAUGUUACAACGCGUGGUUUGGGAUUAUGUAGGGAUUAGAUACAUCAUGUUCUCCCUGAUCGUGUUUUGUGUCACUUUUGAUAUGAUUACUUGUAGGACUGAGUUCAUACCCAGAACGUAUGUGUACUACAGUAUGAAACAAACAUGGAGUGAUGCUAGCCAGACUUGUACACAAGCAGGAGCCACACUGGCCCAUUUUCCUGAUAUUUCAACCAUAAUGGAUAUCCUAGAAGAACUUCCUCAAAUAAAAAAUAUGACUGUUUGGAAUGACCAUACAAGUAACAGGAAUUUUCAAAAUGGGCAAACACAUCUCUGCCAAGCCAUUAUUCUCAGUGCCAAUAAAACAACGUCGUAUGCAAGUUGUCUUCAAAAACUCCCCUUCAUGUGUCUGUAUUUGAAAGGAAAAUGUUGGUACCGAGUUUAUGAACAGACAAGUAUUGUGGGUAACAAUAUUUUCACGAAGACUGCCAUUUCCUGGCAACACUGUCAUGAUCUCUGCGAGACUGCUACAGAAAUCACGUGCCGUAGCUUUGAAUAUAAUCUGAUCAGCCAGUACUGCCAACUCUCAGACACCAACAGAUGGCACAAACUUAACCAAUUCGCUUUUUAUGUCAAAAGCUGGAAUUAUUAUCAUAAAACAUGCACAACUGCAUUGUUGCAGAGUGAAUAUCUAGAGUAUUUAACGGAUUCAACGUCACGGUCAUCUGUACACUCCACGUCACGGUCAUCUGUACACUCCACGUCACGGUCAUCUGCACACUCCACGUCAACAGUUUCUACGGAUAUCACUUCCAAAGAUAGUCCAGUGAAUGUGGACGGUAUACAACCACUAAGAAUCGUACUGUUUGACAAUCCAUUGCCAUGGGCCGACGCAAACACAUUCUGUCAAGCAAAGGGUGGCUCUUUGGUUAUUUUGAAUGACAGAUCUAUUGUUCCAGAAGCUAACUUAACCUCCUCAGACAAUUCACAGACGAUAUGGAUUGGUCUCUCACAAGAUGUCGGUGAAAUAUGGACAUGGGUGAAUGGAGAUCGACUAACUGAGAGCAACUGGAAAUACAAACCAAAUCGACAUGACACAUCGCAGAAUUGCGCGUCAGCCACCCUAAAUUCUCCCUACUGGUGGUACGAGAGUGCAUGUCACGAGUCAAAGCCAUUUGUAUGUCAGUUCAAUGAAGGUACCUGCAGAUACCAGGAAGAAAUGGACUCGGUUAUCGUAGCCCACAAUAAGUUCGUGUUAUUUAACUCCUCCCUCACCCAAUGCUACCAUCUCUGCAAUUCAUCGACGCAGAUCACGUGUCGGUCAUUUGAAUACAAUCAGGAAAACCAGACUUGUCAAGUCAGUGACGUCAACAGAUGGAUGGAAGGUCAUUAUUUCUUGCAAUAUAUAUCUGGGUGGAACUAUUAUCACAGAACGUGCUACUUUGGCGUUGAUGAUUAUGCAUUCACAACCACAUCAACAACAGUACCAGUAACAAUCUAUACAACAGAACACAAUACCAAGAACAACCUCCAACCACGCACAUCUACGGUAGAACCGUUUGAAGUCCUUCAGCGAGAACUAAAAGAGAUAGGGGUAAAGAUUAGAGAAAAGAAACGCAAAGCGUCAAGAACCAGCGUCAACGACACGCGUCCCUCCGCUACGAGCGUCGGUGUUGUAGCUAUCAUUGUAAUUGUGUCUAUGGUGGGCGGAGUUGUGCUGCUAGAUAUAAGUACGCUUCAUAUGCACUGUAAACAUUUCUCCGGGAGAAACAAGAAAAAAGAUUCUAAACAUCGUUACAGUCAAAGGCAAGAGCUAGAAAUUCCAAAUGAUAAUUCGGCAUACUUAGGUGAAGUACAUGUGCAAGUGGACAAUUUUGAAAGCAACCAUUGCAGAGUGAAGAAAUCGAUAAAUUUAAAAAAUGUCGGGGUGGCUGAAUUACAUAUUAACAAAGAAAAACCAGAAAUACGAAAAAUAAACAAAGAAAAUGUCGAUGUGAUGAGCGAAAACAGCAAUAACAAUGUGAAAAAUCCAUAUCGACAAGACGAUACGCAAUUAUGACCAAACACCCAUCAUUACACCAGCACAUACAUAAACUUUGAUCAUUCGUUUCAUGUGUAUUUUUAAAAUUUCUUGCUUCUAGGCUAAUCUUUGUAACAUUAUUUUCUGAGUCAUUUUUUAUUCUUAAUUCAGAGGAUGCAUGUGUAUAUAUCAGUAUGAUUUUGAAAAUAUUGUUGUAAAGGUGACAAUAACGAACAGUGAUCAAUCUCAUAACUCCUAUAAAGAAUACAAAACUACGAGUAGGACAAACACGGACCCCUGAACAUACCAGAGAUGGGAUCAGGUGUCUAGGAGGAGUAAGCAUCCCCUGUUGACCACUCACACCAGCCGUGAGCUUUAUAUCUUGAUCAGGUAAACGGAGUAAUCCGUAGCCAAAAUCAGUGUGCAAAGAACAGCCUCAAUUGGUAUUGUUAUAGGCACCUGAUCCCACCUCUGGUAUAUCCAGUGGUCUGUGUUUGCUUAAAUCUUUAUUUUUGUAUUCAUUAUGAGAAUUAUGAGAUUGAUCACUGAUCUUUAUCUUCGCCUUUUCAUGAAACAUGCCAGACAGCAUUUUACCCAAUGACAGAUUGUACUGGUAAAUCAGAUUGUUAUAACCACCUUAUAAUAUGCAAAAUGCUGGUUUUAAACGAGACUUGAAACCCCUGUAACAUGAACUUAUUGGUCAGUAAAUUUCCUCAUAUAAAAACAUAAUUAUCUAAAACAUAUUUUAUUGUAUAUAUAUUUAUACAUACAAUAGAAUGAGAAAUAUGUUUCGGGGAGGUGGGGGUGGGGAUGAUUCUUUCUUUGCUGCAAUAUCUAUAUCGUUCAUAAGUGCACGGUUCUGAUUAACUUGAGUUUUCUUAAUCGUUAAAGAGUAUUUAAUCUGAAAAGCUGUAUUUACAGACAUUAAUAUCAAUGCAAACAAAAUGCUGCUAACAAUCAUUAAA